AUGGCAGCUACCCCGACUAACGAUGCCAUCAUCCUGGAGUUUGAGGAUAUGCGCCGGCGAAGUGAAGUUCUAUUAGAUGAGCUCCAACAGCUUGAACAGCUGGGAAACCCCAACAGCAGAGACCUGAUACUCCCCGGCCAGCUACAGAACGGCUGGCUCACAAUCCCUGGUAUCCGACCUAUGGUCAAUCGAGUCAAGUCGGAGACUCUGAGUCUGGAACGUGCCUUGGAAGACUACAAAAAGCGGUUACCCUCGGAUUCCGAAGACGACCUGGAGUUGGCAAGGAAACGAUUGCGCAGCCGCCUUGUGUCCUGUAACCUACCCUCGGCAGAGGCGCAAUGGGAUGUCAUAAAACGCUGCUCUGACUUGAGGGCUGUCGGCCAGCAGUUCUCACGUACCAUGGCCUUGACUCACGGUGGAAAGCCGCGGCCUCAAUCACUCAACGAUCAAAAAAGGGAGUCAAGGAAACCUGUCCCGCCCGGGCAGCUCGCUCUCGUUGACGCCAUUGUUGAUGGUGGUGCGGAAUGGAUCCGCGUCAUGAGCAUCACUGAGGGUCGAUUGCUUGAGGAAAUGGCUGCAGGUGGCUGGGAUUGGGGAUGCGAGGACAGUGACGACGAAAACGAUGACCCAGAUGGUGCGGCGGGAACAGGAGGCAGUGACGACGGCGAUGACGACGACGAGAUGGAGAUAUCAAUAAUCAAGACGGUCAAAGGUCUCGUGCAAGCUGCCGAGAUACACCAGGCGACCACCCCAGGAGCCAGAGCAACAGGCUCUGGUGAGAUAAGGAUACACGUCGUGCUUACCAGGAUACGAGAAGGUUCACAACCAGAAAUCGACAGACUUCUUCGCCAUACCCGAAGGAUGGGUCGCGGAAACGUAAAGAUCAUAGUUGACGGCACAGGAUCGGGCAUCUGCAGCGAACCAAUACCACCUCUUGAAACGGCUUUGCAAAAUCUUGUGCCGUAUUCAGGCUCCCCUGAAAAAUACCUUACCGAGACGAUCAACCUCGAUGCUAGCACCAUGAUUGCAUUGAUUUCGGACAUUUCUCACGCGCAAAUCGAAGUUCAGGAUUGGCACCGCAAGGAUAUCCAGAAGCAGAUAGAGGAGGAGGACUCUGGGUCCAAUGCGACAGUUGCCAAGUUUCUAUACCCGCUGCUGGUGGAAAGAGAGCUUGUUUGCACUCUCGGUGCCGCUCAACGCGUCUGGGAUAUUGUUAGUAUGAUGGGCACGGGAGGCGAGCCUUCACGGACGUCACUGCUCAUACCUCGUCCAGGUCAGGAUCUAGAGCUGAACGAGGAGGAAUCAUUGAAGAAGUUGCGGGAACAUUGUGUCCAUCCUGUACCAGAUGGGCUCAGGCUGCCCAUCAAGAUUAUCGAUGCCAAGAUGGCGGAGAGAUGGGAGGGCCUAGUCGAGGAAAGGAAACUGCCCGAGGUAGUCAGACAUAUUGCCAAGGACCUUCUCAAUGAAGUCAACAUGGAAUCAUUUCUGUAUGGCUGGGAGGCCGGCAUCACAACAGUGACGGCCAACGGGUCUCUUGCGCAGCAAAUUGGGAGGGCUCUCGAAGAAGAUCAAAUACAGAAACGACAAACCCAGCAAGGAGAGGAGGGCUCAAACUCACCACCACAGGCGCCAUUGAUAUUGGUGCACUCAGUCAGAAGGUCUCUUGGGGCGAAGGGACAGCCAAGAGAGCGCCGGAAGAUCAACGGCAGCACCAAAAAAUAA